AAAAUCACUGCACAGCGACUAUACAUGAGCUCCACAGAAGAAACAACCGGUUUAGCUCUGUUAUGAAAGUGCGAAGGGAGGGAGGGCCUUCGGUUAGUGUAGUCGAAACGAAAGGAAACUGGAGAGCGAGUUCGUUUCCUAAUGAUAAACCAGGAAGUAUUUGGACCUUAUAACCAUGGUAGAACUUUUCCAGACAAACAGAUUUCAGUGUCAACUGUGAGGUCUGACAGGCCUAAAUCUUUCCUCUGCUCAGACCUUUGGAGUUUUACUCGACGGACAAACUAUUUCCGUGUAGUUUAGAAGUGGACUCACGCUUCCGACAUUGUGUAUCGACACCACAAGGGUCCCAUGGUUUGGUUGUGGUGUGCUCUCUGCCAUGCCUCCCGCCAUGACAGAUCAGCUGGAUGUAUGGGCGGACCCAGUGCUGGAUGGAAGCGAUCAGGUGACUGUGGAUUUCCUGUUGCCAACUGGAAUCUACAUACAGAUGGAUGUUCCCAGAGAGAGCACCAUCCAACAAAUCAAACAGAUGCUAUGGAAGCAGGCACAGGCGUAUCCUCUUUUCUCCUUGCUUGGAGAGAUGGACGGUCACAUAUUCGAGUGUGUGAACCAAGCUGCAGUUCAUGAGGAGCUGGAGGAUGAGAGCAGACGUUUGUGCGAUGUUCGUCCAUUUGUGCCUGUCCUUAGGCUCAUUAUUCGUAACUGUGGCCGUGCUGAGCGCUUGCUUGACUCCAAGAUUGGGGUGCUUAUUGGAAAAGGGCUCCAUGAACUGGACGCUUUGCUGAACCAGGAAGUGAAAGAUUUUCGUAGCAAAAUGCAGCGAAUUAGUGAAGAGAAAAUGCAGUCGGUGCAGAUGAUGUCAUGGGCAGAAUGGCUUCAGAGCUUCUUCUCACCCCAGAUAGAGGCGGGCCCUGUUGAUGGGUUCUAUGAUAAGAAUGAGGGCUGGAUUAAGAUCACCAUGCACUACAACCAGUCACAGGACACAACAAGCCUAAAAGUGCCGUUAAACUGUACUGUACCUGAGCUUAUGAAUCAAGCGCUCAAAAAAUGGUUAACCACGCAUGGCUUGGGAGAAGAUGAAGACAGUGUUGGUAACUAUGUUCUAAGAGUCAGUGACAGGCUGGAGUUUUUGUUUGGAGAACACCCACUUGCAUAUUACAGAUACAUCAGAUCAUGCUUGCUGUCACAAGAGAUUCCACAUUUGACAUUAGUGCAGUGUGAUAUAGUGAAGGCCAUGUAUGAACAUGAGAUCAGCAGUAUUGGAGCUGUAUUCUCACGGAAGUCAUCAAAUCCUCCUUUACCCCUUCCUCCUAAGAGGAGAGGCCCAUCUCAGUUACAAACUUGCAUUUGGGAAGUUCAGUCUCUUUUUAAAAUAACUUUAGUGAAGGGCAUUAAGGUCAAUGCAGAAGAGACUGCAAAGGUGCAAGUUCGUGCAGGAAUAUUCCAUGGCACAGAGCUCCUGUGUAAGCCAGCUGUUAGUAAUGAGAGCAGUGGGCGCUCUGAGCACAUCUGGAACAGGACUCUUGAGUUUGAUAUUUCUGUUUGUGACCUGCCACGCAUGGCUCGCCUCUGUUUUGCCAUCUAUGCUGUCAUGGACAAAGUAAAAAAGCAGAAAUCAACCAAAAACAUGCAAAUGAACAAAUAUCAGACUAUUCGAAAAGCAGGAAAAGUGCAUUACCCAAUAGCAUGGGUGAAUAUGAUGGUGUUUGACUACAGAGGACAGCUAAAGACUGGUGAUAUCAUCUUACAUACCUGGUCCUCCUUUCCUGACGAGCUGGAGGAGAUGUUGAACCCUAUUGGAACGAUUCAGACAAAUCCAUACACUGAGAAUGCCACAGCACUGCAUAUCCGCUUACCAGAAUACUCAACACACCCACUCACAUUUCCCCCAUUUGACAAGAUCCUGGAGAAAGCUGCUGAGAUUGCUGGAUCCACAGACUCUGUGUCAAUGGGACGCGGAGGGAAGAAGUUCUACAUCGAGUUGAAAGAGAUCAUGGAAAGAGAUCCACUGUCACAACUCUGUGAAAACGAGAAGGAUCUGAUAUGGACCCUGCGCUAUGACUGCCGAGAGAACUUCCCACAGUCCCUCCCUAAACUACUACUGUCUGUCAAAUGGAGUAAACAUGAAGACAUGGCACAGUUGCAGGCAUUAUUGCAGAUUUGGCCUAAAAUAAGUCCCCGGGAUGCUUUAGAGCUGCUGGAUUUCAACUAUCCAGAUCAGUAUGUUAGAGAGUAUGCAGUCAGUUGUCUGCAAGAUAUGUGUGAUGAGGAGCUGUUGCAGUAUUUGCUGCAGCUAGUGCAGGUGUUGCGCUAUGAACCAUAUUACGACUGUGCCCUCACACAAUUUUUGCUGCAGCGUGCUCAGAGCAAUCGUAAAAUUGGACAUUUCCUUUUCUGGUAUCUUAGGUCAGAGAUACACAUGCCAGCAGUGUGUGUUCAGUUUGCCCUGAUAUUGGAGGCAUACUGUAGAGGCAGUAUCCCCCACAUUGAAGUGCUUAAAAAACAGGUCGAGGCUCUUGGUAAGCUAAAAGCUGUGAAUGAGUUGAUCAAACUGGGUACACUAAAAGCAAAGAAUAAAACUAAGGAGGCUCAACUGAAGGAGGCCAUGAUGAAGUGCCUUAGACAAACAGGCUUUAUUGAGAUUCUGUCGGACCUCCAUUCACCACUGAACCCCCAAAUAUUGCUUGCUGAUGUCAAUGUGGAGAAGUGCAGGUACAUGGACUCUAAAAUGAAGCCUCUGUGGGUUGUUUACAAUAACAAGCUGCUGGCAGGAGACACGCUGGGAAUCAUCUUCAAGAAUGGAGAUGAUCUCAGACAGGACAUGUUGACUCUGCAGAUCCUAAGGCUAAUGGAUAUGCUAUGGAAGGAAGAAAAACUGGACCUCAGAAUCGUUCCUUAUGGUUGCCUGGCAACAGGAGACCGGACAGGGCUGAUCGAGGUUGUGUCUUCUGCUGACACCAUCGCCAACAUCCAGAAAAAUAGCAGCAACAUGGCAGCUGCUGCAGCCUUCAACAAAGAUGCUCUGCUCAGCUGGCUCAAGGACAAAAACCCUGGUGAUGCUCUGGAGAAAGCCAUCGAGGAGUUCACACUGUCUUGUGCUGGUUACUGUGUCGCCACGUAUGUUCUGGGAAUUGGAGAUCGUCAUAGUGACAACAUUAUGGUCCGAAGCACAGGGCAGCUAUUCCAUAUAGACUUUGGUCAUAUCUUGGGGAACUUCAAAUCAAAGUUUGGAAUCAAGAGAGAGCGCGUUCCAUUCAUUCUCACACAUGACUUCAUUCAUGUCAUUCAGCAGGGCAAAACUGGUAACACUGAGAAAUUUGGCAGUUUUAGACAGUACUGUGAAGAUGCUUAUCUGAUUCUGAGGAAAAAUGGAAAUCUCUUCAUCACACUCUUCGCCCUGAUGCUGACUUCUGGGUUACCAGAACUCACGUCUGUCAAGGACAUUCAGUACUUAAAGGACUCUCUUGCACUGGGUAAGACUGAUGAUGAGGCGCUGAAACAGUUCAGGCAGAAGUUUGAUGAAGCUCUUCGAGAGAGCUGGACCACCAAAGUAAACUGGAUGGCUCACAAUGUGGCACAUCCCUCCUAACACCUCCAUAAACCUACAAGGAUCGAAAAUUAGGAGAAUGCUUGAACACAUAGUUGAACCAAAAUGCACUAUGUCUUAUAAAAAAAAUAAGUUGUGAAGACCAUUAAAUGGUUGAAUACGACUUACUCAAUGCAGUUGGCACAAAAAGCUGCUGAUGUUAAAGAGUUUAAUGACUUUGAACAAGAAACAUUAAUCUGAUGAAGAUUCAAAAAGAUGGUGGAUGACUAACAAAGGGAACAACGGAGAAGACUACUGUCAGCUCGCCCCAACAUGGAAAAAAAUCUUCCACAUUUCAAAAUAUUGUUCCACAGUGUGAAGCAGACUGACAGGAGCAAUGGGAAGAAUCAUCAGUUUUUCUUUUCAUUUACUAUGGCUCAUUUUUUUAAUUGUCUCACCUCCAUCUUGUGGCCAAAAUAACUCUUUAAUCUGCAAAAGCAGUGACAAUUUCCUGGGACCACAGACAUGGAGGAAAAAUGAACUUGUUGGAACUGGAAACAGAAAUAUCACUGAAUGCUUGUAGAGUGACCAUGAGUGAAAUUGUUAUUGAAGAAAUAAUUAUACAUUUUUCUUUUGUCAUUCCAACUUCAACUCUUAACGGAAAUGACUUAAAAGCAGCACCUCUUACUGCCUGCUAGGUAAAAUAGAGAAGUACAUAGAGUUUGGAAUCUAAUUGGCUAUAAGAAUACGUCUUUAUCGGACACCAAUUGUUGUUUAUAGCUUCUUUGGACCUCGAUUUCUUUGUUUAUUUGUAUACUCAUUGUUUCUCUGAAAAAACAGGCGCUAUUAACAUUAUUGCGACAGCCAUUACUUAACUGAAAAAAGAAAAUUUUGGAAGAUUGCUUCCCUUCAAUAGUUUUACUCAUGUUGAUCAUACUGCCAAUAGGCUGAUUUUUUUAAAGCAGGUGUUGCUACUUACUAUUUUUAAACUCACAAAUACCCAAUAUAUUAAUGAGAUCAGAAUGCUGGAGCAAGAAACAAAUAAUAGUAUUUUAGUGCAGAGAGAUAUUUCAGGGAUUGUACCUUUGGUAGGGCUCUGCUGCCUUUAAAAGAGAGUGACAUUGGAAUACAGACUCACCGAAUGCUGUGCCUUAUAUAAUAUAAAAAUUCUACUGUCAGUAUGGGACUACUUAAAGCAAGAGUUUUCUAAACACUGGAAUUUAUUUGACCAUAAUUAUUUAAGGAUUGUUACAUGUUUAUAUUUAUUUUCUUCUUAUGAAAAGUUUAGACUACUUCUAAUGGACUGUAACUACUGAGUUUACUCACAGAAGCAUUCAGCAAGCAAAUACUUUGUAAUGCUACGUCAGAGCCGAGAAAUAAUCAGUUCCCUCUAUUUCAUGUAGCGGAGCUCUUUAGAUUCACAUUAACUGUUUAACUGUACUAUAUCAGAAACUUAACAAUGCACUAACACAAACCGUCAGUGAUGUCGGAUAUGUUUUAUGUGAAUUAGGCGCAGUUGACUACAAUCAUGGUUAUAUGAAAAAUUCCUGUAAAGCUUAAACACCAAUUCAUUGAGCAUUUUUUCCCUAUGCUAAUGCAGAAUGAUAUUUACACUGAAGGGCAGUUGUUUUAGAGGAUGAUUAUGUAUGUGCCCAGUAAUGUAUGUACACUUUCAUCUAAACAGGGCGAAACUUAACUGAAACAAAGCAUCUUGUUUUUUACUGUAGCAAAGACAUUUUUAUGUGAAAACAGCCUUAAUGACAGAUAUCUAUACCAUACCAGUGGAUCUGUUAUAUUGAUGAUAACCUGCUGUGUAUCUCCAAUGCUGCUCAUAUUAUCCUUAAAGAAACAUAGUUUAAAAUACAGAGAAAACCCAUGGCAUCUUAUACACACACACACACACACACACACACACACACACACACACACACACACACAUACUGUCCACAUUAUUCAUUAUGCAUUAUAUGUCAUGAGUUCAUGCAGUAAUCUAUUAGCCAAUCAUGUUUGUAAUGAGUGAUUACUACAAGUGACAAGUCGUUAAUAUAUCCUUCUUGUCCUCCCAAACCAAUUUGGCCAGUUUCCUCUGACCUCUUUUAUCGACCAGGUGUUUCCACCACAGAAUUUUCACUUAAUGUUUAUUUGAUUUUCACACAACAGUGUAUUACAUGACCAAAGUUACAGAGAUAACACUUUUUCCUUAUUCUGAUGUUUGAUAUGGAAAUAAUCUGGAGCUAUCGAUGUCUAUCUGUGUGAUUGUACGCUUUUCUAUGUAUGCAUACAGCUGCCAGAUGACUGACUGACUGCCAGAUAUUAAUGCAUUAAAUUGCAGGCGCACAGUGAGUUAAUAUACACAAACUGCCUUAGCAGAUAUUGGUGCAAUAUGAUCAAUCCUAUUAUGUGCAAACUUGGGUUAAUGUGUGUGCCCUACUGCUGCUGUAUGGUAUUAUGCUAGCCUUCAAUUUUCUCACACACUGAAACUGUUUCUAUCUGAUUCUCUGACUUGUUCUUAAUGAUAUGUUGUCAUAGGAACGCUAUUAAGGAAUGCUAUUAAAGUUUUGGCAUUCGUUUUUGUUCACCA